UGUAUAUCGUUGGUUCUCAUAAUUUCAUCCUCAGAUGUACCGUAUGUUUGUACACGUAGAUUCAUGAACUAUUCUUCAAUGAUGUCAAUCAAAGUACAAUCCGAUUUAUACGGCAAUAUCAAGCGGUUUAAUGCUCAUUCCUGGGGUCAUUUAAGAACUCAGAUCUCUCGGCUGUAUAAUCUUCCUAGUUUCAGAGCGAAGUAUGCCGACGAUGAAGGGGAUUACGUGACCAUCGUGUGUGAAGCUGACUUUUGUGAGGCUCGUGAUAGUCUUGCUAAGCUGCAUGAUAAAUUGCGGGUGUUUGUGUAUGUGGAUGAGAUAUCUCAUACUCCGAAGAUGGCACAGCCUGUCGUAAAGUGUGUUCGUGAUUCAGAUGUGGGAUUGUGUGCGAAAGGAGACAUGGAGGGUGGUGGCUUAGCUGCAGGGCAACCGAUUAGGAAUUCGAGUCUAAAGAAUAUGAACACAAACAGCUCAGACGUGGUGUCUGCAUCGAAAACAGAAACCCUUUGUUUCGAUGCACAGUUUGAAACUGCUCAACAUGCAGUGGGCGUGACUGAGAAAGAAGGAUCUACUAUCGCGUCACCUGAACGGAAUCCCAUAUCGGCAACGGAGAAACACUCUGAGGCAAGUCCGGCAUUGUGUAACAAGGGCAGCGACAUUGGCGAAGACGUGCCAAUUGAUGAGGAACGAGUGCAAGUCAAUGCUUUGUUGACCAACAUGGUCAAGAGUGUGACCAUGGCUCACGUGGAUGAAAUUGUGGAUGAUAUUGGUAGGAGUGUACAGCAGAGUGUAGGCAAGCUGGUGCAGCAGGUGGAUACCGAAGACCUUGCUUGCAGUAUGCAGCGGCUGAUGCGAGGUGUGUUGAAUCCAGGGUUGGUGAAGAAACUUGAGACCCCUUCACAAAGCUCAGAUAAUCCGGCAAAUCCGACACGGGGCGAUGUGGCAGCCGGGGUUGCUGGCAAUACGAACCGGUCUGCUGCAGUUGAAACAACUCAGAGCAAUGUAUUGUCAGGUAGUGCAAUCGAAGGCGAGCGCAAUGUCAGCAGUUUCACACUGAAUGCGAGUGGCAGCAAUGUGGCAGAGGACCUGUGUGCCCACCCAGGUGUCAAGUGCGACGUGUGUGACACCUAUAUCCUGGGUGUGCGUUUCAAGUGCUUUGUGUGUGCUGACUUUGACCUGUGCGCCACCUGCAUGGCCACGACCGGCCACUCUCCCGACCACGUGCUGUACCUGAUACGCCGUCCUUUGACUCACGAGACGCGAUCAGAGAUCAAAUCCGCUGAGCAGCUGAGUACGCGCCGACGUUCCUGUGGUAGGCGCGGGGGUAGAGGGAUGUGUGGGUCGGUAGCGCGUGGAGGUAGAGGUAGGGGUGGUAGAGGUAUGGGUAUGGGUAUGGGUAUGUGUAUGGGUAUGGGUAUGGGUAUGGGCCCUAUGGCUGCGCGUGGGCGUGGUGUGGGCAUUGGCCGUGGAUGGUUUGGCUGGGAUAAAUGGGCUCCCGCCGGAGCUGGUCCGCUUAGCAAUACAAGCACAGACACAGACGCACAGGCUUUUGCAAGUGCGGUACCUGUCACCCCUGUACCUGUACUAGGAAAUGAGACCUUGUGUGCCGUCGCAGCCGAAGUAGCAGCAGCCUCCGAAAGGGGGAGUGCGAAUACAGGCAGCACUGCCGACACGGGCGAGGCGAGCGAUGUGAGUGCGAAGUGUACGCGUACAAAAACCCCUCUGCCCUCUCGAUGCACAAGGCGAGACCGCAGGUUCCGGGGUAGGCGAACAACAUCUUCCUCCCAACCACCCAAAGCUGCCAAGAUAACUGCCACACCGAUUCCAAAAGAACAAUCGGUUUCUGAGCCAUUUGCGGGGGUUCAAGACCCACAAAUGAGACCACCUUUGCCCAAGACACCCCCUCCUGUACUAUCCACGACCACCCCUGAUGCACUGCCCACGGCUAUCCCUCUUGUACUACCGUCGGCUACUCAUCCGCAGUCGCUGUUACAGCCGCUGGUACAACCUCUCACACCGACACAGACAGGCACUGGCACGCUAACAGUCACCCGGACAAGCACGCCGACGGGUGGUAGUCAGGUGGAGGCACCGCGCAGUUGGCGUGAUUGGGACAGUCAGUGGCAGCAGUUUGUUGAUAGGAACAAGGAGAAUGUCGUGAAAGCUCGGGAGGAGGGAGGGGUAUUCGAGGCGGAUACGUCCACUGAGCCUAUUGUGAAAGAGAGUACGGCCGCAGUCAGGGAGCUGGAUGUGCGAAGCUCUCGCAUCUACCCGUCUGUGGAUGAUGUGGUCACACAUAACUCUGAGCACGAUGAGGUUUUCUCUGCUUACAGCACACCAACGGCAGUGGCUAGGGGAAACAAGCCUUUUGAGAAGACAGGUGAGGGAAGUGAUUUGCAUGACACGGAAGCCACCGCCAAGCCGGUUUCUGGGUGGAGACUCUACCCGUCCGUGGGAGAGGAUUGGUCAAGUGGGGCUGACGAUGCAUGGUACGACGAGACAGGCCAUGCUAUAGCGGGUGUAGCAAGCCCUGCGGGCGAUGUGGAGGAUGGCUUCGAGGUAUUGUGAAUGCAGUAUGCUUGACAUGACAUUCAGCGUGUUAAGCAUCUGUACGUGUGUGCAAUCCAAGGCUUAGUGAGGGACUGAUCACAGAUGUUACUUAAUUCUACCGUGUGCAUGUCUGGGUUCCUGGCUUGGCUCGACUACGGGUUGUUCAUUGAAUAUGUUGGAUACGGGUUUAAGGUGUAAGACACGCCGAUAGCAUACAAACAGUUUAUCCGGGCGUCAAUAGUCUUACUUCUAUGUUUGCAGGAGGAAUAUCGAUUAUCGUUGGAAUAAAGUGACUAAAUUCGAACUGAUUUGACUCGUUAAAUAUAGGAUGCUUUCCUGAACUACUCGGAUCUGCAAGCUAUGGAUCUACUGAUUGAGCUCGGCUUCACUGACCGAGCUCACAACGCUCGUCUCAUCCGACAACAUGGCAAUGAUGUGUCUAAAUUGAUAGACCACUGCUUUCAGUAGUUGGGAUUCCAUCUAUACCGGUAACAAAUGAGCAUUUGUUGAUCUAUAAAAAUCGACGACUACAGUCCAUUGUAUUGCAAUAUGCGGAAGGUCGCUUUAUUGCACGCUUUCUACGAGUCUUAGUGACGGCUGUCGGUUGUUUUGACAGUAUGGUCUCUGGCUCUGUGUGGUUGUAGAUUAAUCGUCGCCAAACAGGUCGCUUCCACUAUCGUCGUCAUCGGAGUAUCUAGUCUUUUUCUUGGAUUUGUUCUUGCCAUCUGUAUGGACGCGUCGACGCACGCGAUUAAAAUAUAGGCCACAUGAGGUGUACUACUAAAACAAACCUUGAGACAAUCGCGGUCAGCCUAAGGCCUGAAAUUGGAUAUUAGUUGGAAUGGGCUGAAGCGAUGUGUAGUUUGCACUGAUUUCCCGUGAUAGUCGUAAACAAGCUACGUCUCGUGGUGCAGCCUCCACACUAACACUACACAGUUGCUCAACAGCAAUGCUGGUUGCGUGGCGAGCACUUCACCGCCGGCAUUCUGUGCCUUAUUCUAGUCACGUUUUAUGCACAGUGUGACGUUAUAUACUGACGAAAUAUCUGCGUACGUCAUGAUGCAUACGGUAGACGCGCGAUUUCAUAAUGGUCACAAGGCGGUUAUUCUCGCACUAACAACUAUAAGCCACAUCUGCAAUCACAUUUUACAAUGAAUGCUACAAGCUCAGCAACACAUACCAUCACUGUCACUGUUGUCAUCAUCCGAAGCCGCACGCUUAGCAUUCUUCAACCUCCGCUCCUUGUCGCUUUCACCUCCACUCUCAGAACGACUUUCUUCUGCUUCUUCAUCACUGCUGUGGUGUCGAGUUUCCGACGAUGUAAACAUAUAUUCAAGCGUAUUAGUACUUAGCACCUGCUCUCUUUGACAGCGAACAUGAGUGAAAACUGUGGCACAAAUUAGUGUACACCAAGGAGGUUGUAAGGUUAAGGCUCGUAACAUCGAUGACUACUCAUCUCCUGCUAGAUAAGUGGUUUGACAGGAUAAUACGUAUACUGGAUGAAGUGUACAAUCAAGAGUAUAAGAUAUUCGAACACACACACAUGCGUAUAUACAUACAUCGACACGAGCAUGAUUCGUGCCCUCCAGACGGCGGGGCGGCGAGUCUUCAGUAGUAAACGCCACAGCUAAGUAAACUGUGGCAAUAAAAUCGACAUAACCCAC